CUAAAACAUAAUACAGUGCAAACAAACCAAACCAACCACCCACAGAUAACAGUACAUACAAGCAAGCGUCGUCAGGCAGGCCGGGUCAAUAUCAAUAGGGCAGGUAGGUACAGGGGGAGCAAGCGGAGAAGGGUCGGGGUCACAGGCCAGGUUCAGCAGGUAGCAAGCAGCGUGGUACAGAGGGUCAGGCAGAGGGAUGGUCAGGAGCGAGCCGGUAUCAGAGCAGGAGAAGUCAGCAGCGGUUCAGAUCAGGCAGGGUCAGCAAAGGAACAGAAACAGGAUGCAGGACUGAUACAGGGCCCAGGACAAACACAACACCAAGGCAGAGUCUGCAAGUCUGGCCAU